AAAUAUUUAAUAACCUUAUUUAUUAGGUUUUUAUGAGGUAUUUAUUAGCUCUUGAGAUAUCAGUCAUGGUCACCAACUUUAACAAAGCGUUAAGAGAGCACGAAGAGUGUUUCAGAUGCGCGGUCAAGGCAACAGCGCGCCGGUAUAUAUGUAGGGUGAGUCGAAGGAGAGGAGUCACAUCGUGUUCAACAGGCUCCUACGGUACACACACACACACACCCAACGCAGAACCAGCAAGAAAAUCUUGUGAAAAUCUCAGGAGAAAAAUGAAUAAGACUACAGCCGCUCUUCUCGUCAUCGUCGUGCUAGCCGUUAUCGGCAUGGCAGCCGCAGGAUACAGGAGUGGAUACGGUGGUGGAUACAGGGGUGGUUACGAUGGUGGAUACGGACUUGGAUACGGACGCGGAUACGGACUUAGAGACGGAGCGGAACACGGUCGAUAAGGAGGCGGAUAUGGCGGAUACGGAGGCGGAUACGGCGGCUACGGUCGAGGAGGUUAUGGCUACCGCGGCUAACGCGGCGCACAAAGAUACCGACUGGCUGUUAGUGUAUAGGCUCUUGAACGCUGAGCGCGAUAAUAUUUUGAUGUACAGUAAUACACGAAAUAUUUCUGCUUAAAUAAAAACGCUUUCCUCUAAGAAUAA